GCGAGUGGGGGCUGCGGGUGGGGGGAAGAGGGGUCCCAGCAGGUGGGGAGGGGGAGGUGCCUCUCCCCUGCUCCCAGCCGGCGCGAGGCAAAGGCGAGGCUGGCCCAGCCACAUCUGCGCGGACAGGAGCUGCCGGCCGGGUCGCCCGCCCCGCACGCUGCCGGCCGCCCCCCACCGGCGCGCACACGCCCAGCCGGUUGGCUCGCAGACACGCGCUCGCUCUGCCUCCCCGGCCGGCCCCCCACGCCGCCGCCCGCCGCCGCCCCCGACUCCCCAAGGGUCCCGACUCCGGAAAGUGAGCCUCGGUUCGCCCCCCGGCCUGGCAGCCCGGUCCGACCUCCUGCGCGCCCCAUGCCGUCCCUCCUGCUGCUCGGGACCCUCCUGCUCCUGGCCUCGACCGCCCGCCAGGCCGGGGCGCGCCCGUCCAACACCACAAGCGCCGAGCCCCCGGGCCCGCUGCCCGCCCUGCUGGCGCACCUGCGGCGCCUGACCGGGGCGCUGACGGGCGGCGGGGGCGCUGCGGGCCCGGGCGCCAACGGCACCAGGACCAGCACGGCGAGCGGGACCGGCGCGGCGGCGCGGGCGCCCCCUCCGGCCGAGCUCUGCCACGGCUACUACGAUGUCAUGGGACAGUACGACGCCACCUUCAACUGCAGCACCGGCUCCUACCGCUUCUGCUGCGGCACCUGCCAUUACCGCUUCUGCUGCGAGCACCGCCACAUGCGCCUGGCACAGGCGUCCUGCUCCAACUACGACACGCCGCGCUGGGCCACCACGCCGCCGCCGCUGGCCGGGGGCGUCGGGGGUGCCGGGGGUGCGGGCGGGGGGCCCGGGCCCGGCCAGGCCGGGUGGCUGGAAGGGGGCCGGGCGGGGGGCGCAGGGGGGCGCGGGGGCGAGGGCCCCGGGGGCAGCACGGCCUACGUGGUGUGCGGGGUCAUCAGCUUCGCCCUGGCCGUGGGCGUCGGCGCCAAAGUGGCCUUCAGCAAGGCGUCCCGUGCGCCCAGGGCGCACCGGGAGAUCAACGUGCCCAGGGCUCUGGUGGACAUUCUGAGGCAUCAGGCUGGGCCUGGGACCCGCCCGGACCGGGCACGAAGCAGCUCCUUGACCCCGGGGGUCGGGGGCCCCGACAGCAUGCCCCCGAGGACGCCCAAGACCCUCUACAACACCGUGAAGCCCUCCAAUCUCGAUAAUCUGCACCACAACUACCUGCACCUCAACGUCAACAGCCCCAAGCACCAUGCCGCCACGAUGGACUGGCGUGCCGCUCCGCCGCCCAGCCCCUCCUUGCACUACUCCACGCUGUCCUGCUCUCGGUCCUUCCACAACCUCUCACAUCUGCCCCCGUCCUAUGAGGCCGCUGUGAAAUCUGAACUCAACCGCUACUCCUCCCUCAAGAGACUGGCCGAGAAGGAUCUGGAUGAGGCCUACCUGAAGCGCCGGCACCUGGGGGAGAUGCCCCGCGGGACGCUGCCCCUGCACACUCUUCGGCGACCUGGCACGGGGGGCGGCUACCGCAUGGAUGCCUGGGGCGGCCCCGAGGAGCUGGGCCUGGCGCCCGCGCCCAACCCGCGGCGCGUCAUGUCCCAGGAGCACCUGCUGGGCGACGCGGGCCGCGCGCGCUACGAAUUCACCCUGCCGCGCGCGCGCCUGGUGUCGCAGGAGCACCUGCUCCUCUCGUCGCCCGAGCCCCUGCGCCAGAGCCGGGAGCACCUGCUGUCGCCCCCGCGCAGCCCCGCGCUGCCCCCCGAGCCCGCCGCCCGCGCGGGUCUGGCCGCGUCCCAUUCCAACUUGCUGCUGGGACCCGGGGGGCCCCCCACGCCGCUGCACGGGCUGCCCCCGCCGCCCGGCCUGCACCCGCACCACCACCACGGUCUGCAUGGCUCGCCGCAGCCCGCCUGGCUGUCGGACGCCGGCGGGGGAGGGGGCACGCUGGCGCGCAGGCCGCCCUUCCAGCGCCAGGGCACGCUGGAGCAGCUGCAGUUCAUCCCCGGCCACCACCUGCCGCAGCACCUGCGCACCGCCAGCAAGAACGAGGUGACCGUCUGA